AGUGUACUCGCGCUCAGCUAGUGCGCUCCUGUGUGUUGACUGUCUCCUCAGCAGAGCUGACAGGCUAACGGCUAACAGCUAACAACGGCAGAGCUCACGGUCCUCUGAGAGAGGGACAAACAGCGGGAAGUUGGACCCCGACGGAGACAUGAAGACACCGAACAGGCAGAUGAAGUAUGAGUGAACCGGCGGGGAGACCGUAACGUUCACAGGUGAUCAGGUGUUGUAACAGCAGCAGGAUGCCUCCCCCUCCUCCUCCACCAGGGGGACCCCCUCCUCCCCCCACCUUCAGCCAGGCCAACACCAGCCCCCCCAAGCUGAGCAGAGACGAGGCCAAAGGCCGCGGCGCUCUGCUGACGGACAUCUGCAAAGGCACGCGGCUGAAGAAGGUGGCGGUGGUGAACGACCGCAGCGCGCCGCUGCUCGACAGUAAGAGCCAAACACCAAAGAGCCAAACACCUCCCACAGAUCACCCAUACAUUCGCUUAUACCAAUACCUACACCAGCAACAGAGCCAGGGGCCCCCGGGGCCGCAGGGGCCACAGGCGCCGCAGGGGCCACAGGCGCCGCCGUCUGAGGAUCAGCAGAGGACUGCUGCAGAUAAGACAGAGAAGCCUAAAGGAGGCGGAGCCGCAGCCGGGGGAGCCAAUGGCAGCGCAGCAGGAAGUCCUUCAGGUUCUGUUCCACCGACGCUGUUCACCGCCGGAGUCUCCAAACUCAGACCAGUGGCAGAUGGUUCCUCUGGACGUUCUCCCUCCACUCGAGCCGCAGCACCCCGCCCCCCUAGCCAUCGCCAUGACGACGCAGAGAGCCCCUCCCCUCAGGCGCGGUCGCCAGUGGAAACGGGCCGCUCUCAGCGCCCCUCUCUUCCCAACCUCUCCCCCUCCUCCCCCUCCGGCAGCAUGAAGCACUCCUCCUCCGCCCCCCCUCCCCCUCCUCCUCUUUGUCGCCGUGGGAACGCCCCCUCGCCCCCAUCUUCUUCUUACAACAGAGAGAAACCCCUCCCCCCGACCCCCAGCAGCACCCCGCCCCUCCCCUCCAAACCGCCACCGUCGCCUGGCAACAGCAGACGUCCCCCCACCUCCGGGGGAAACACAGCCCCCCCCUCUUCCACCUCCUCCCUGGCCCCGCCCCCCCCACCGUAUCGCCUCGCCAACGGGUCGACCGGUAGCGGCGAGGCGGCGCCCGAGCUGCCGCAGCGCCACAACUCGCUCAGCAACAAGAGGGCCGCCCCCCCACCGGGAGGCCACACCCCCACCAGAGGCCCUGCCCCUCCACCUCCCCCCGCCUCCCCCACCCCCUCCCAACAGGGCGCCAACAGGCCGCCGCCCCCCGUGAGGGACACGCCAAGCAGAGCUGCAGCUCCUCCGGUUCCGGUGCAGCCGUCGGCGGCAGCGUUGAGAUCCGCGGGCAGAGAAGCCCCGCCCCCUCCUCCGUACAGGACACAUGGUAGCCCCUCCCUCUUUUCUGACCCCCCCGCCAGAGGGAAGCCUCCUCCCCCACCCACCCGCACCCCCGCUGCUCCUCCCCCACCCCCCCCUCCUCUCCGCAACGGACACUCCUCCACCUCCUCCAUCCCUCGCUCAUUCGCCGAUGAUUUUGAGUCCAAGUAUUCGUUCCAUCCUCUGGACGACUUCCCUCCUCCAGAAGAGUACCGACACUUUGCCAAGAUCUACCCCAGCAAGGCCAACAGAGUGAUGAGAGGAGCUCCUCCACUGCCUCCUGUUGGGAGGUGAAGGGCUGCAACACACACACACACACACACACACACACACACACACGUACAGAGACACACACACACAUACAUACUUAGACACACACAGAGACACACACAGACACAGCCCCUCUCCGUUCUGUGUGAUGACAUCAUUGUGCAGCCUCCAGCCUCCCUCGCCGCCUCGUUUACGCUCACAGCUGAUUGUUGGAGGAGAGGAAAGUGAUGAAAACGUUCAUCUACAGCUUCUUCUUUUUCUCUGGACAGCAUGAACAACUUUAGAUGUUUUAGUUCUCUUUUUGCACUUGCACUUUUUGUUUGCGAGACCUACGAGCGAGGUGAAGGAAGGAAGAAGAGGAACAAAUGCUGCUGGACUUCAGUGAUUGAGUUCUCCUGGAUGGAGGGAUGACAAACAGAAAAUGAAGGAGUGUGUUCCUCUCUUUCUGUGUCAGACCAUCAGUUCACAGCUGCAGACGAAAGCCACAAACUGUAAACUGUCGCAGGUUCAAAGGAGGCAUCAUUUUAAAAGUCUUAAUAUUAUGAGUUAAGUUUUACUUUGUUACUAAUUUACAAAACUAUUACACUAUAUUACAAAUAUCAAGACUUCCUGAUAAACAUAACGGAGUCACCUGUUGGUCUGUGGACUGCUGUUCUGAAGCCUUUGAGGCAUUUUGGACAUGGCCAUCUUGGUUUUUGGGAACCAGAAGUGGCCGUAUUUGGACAAAAAGGCAGAGCUGGGGAGGAUGACACAGCCAAGCCAGUUAUGGUUGUCAUGGCGCUGUGCUAAGCUAAAUGCUAAAAAAAGGGAAAGUUGCUGAUUUUCGACCCUUCUGAAGCGAGGCAACCAGCGGAGAUUUAAGAGCAACAUGUCCAAGGUAACUCUACUGAAGUGAGAAGGUCAAAGGUUAAGAUGUAAACAGGGACAACAGCCACUAACAACUUGAGUCUGUUCUAACUAACUGAACUGAAAUCAGUUCCUGUGACGUGUGUGUCGCCUGUAAAUACUUCCCCUGCAUCAUCAGCGCUUUAUUUUGGCGGGACGUGGCCUCCGAGAGUCUUUAAGUGCCAAGAUGGACGACACCAAGUCACCUGACUCCCGCCGCUGCUGCUGCAGGCACUCAGCGGGUUGUACCAUGUUGGGGGGGGGGGCAGACAAUCAGUCAGACAGGAAGUCUUCUGCCUGCUGCUAACACUUUCCUUUCUCCUUCCCUCCCUCCUCCCUUCUUCUCUUCUUAUUGAACUGUUGCUCAGAGGAUCUUUGUCUUUUUCUUCCCUUUCUCUUGACCUUCCUCUUCUUUCCUUCCUCUCCUUUCUUUCCUUCCUUUCUUUUCUUUCUUCCUCUUCUUUCUACCUCUCUUGUUUCCUUUCCUUCCCUCCCUUCCUUGUCUCCUCUAACUACAACCACAACUUGUCGUCUUUAUUUGGACGUUUAGUUUUCAGUCUCUAAACUCAGAGUUGAAUAAUUACCCAGAAUUCAGAGUGUUUGUUUUGAACAGUAAAUCAUUGUGACGUUAAGAGAGAAAAGAACAAUAUUAAAGACGUAAUGUUCAGAAACACUGUAAACCUAAUCUAAACAACAACUAACGAGGAAAAGGUCUCCGAGAUAAAGUCCAAAUGUAAAGAAGAUUUAAUGACAAAGUUAUAUUUAAGGAUGAAACACUA